UUAUGUAGCGGUGAAGCUUUGAACUGCAUCUCUAAUCACAAAUCUCCAAAAUGUAAGGUUAAAUCUUUAUUAAUGUCGUUUACAAUAAACUACUAAACAUCCAUAUGGUUGGAAGAAGACAAAAAUAUGAGGUAGUAAACUGCCUGCCGGAUGAAGAAAAUGACCUGGAGGUGAAAACCCAAAAAUUACUAACAACACAAUGUCUUUGGUAUUCGUUUCGAAACAUCCUACUUAUAUCAAUAUACUUUUUCUUUUCCAUCGGUUUAACGUUUUACCAACGAUGGCUGUACCAGAGUUUUCGAUUUCCUCUAAGCGUAGUGAUCGUUCAUCUAAUUGUAAAAUAUUUGCUCGCUAGUAUUAUACGAACCAUUUUAAUUAAGCAGCAAGGAAAGCCUAGAGUUACGUUAACUUUUAAAGAAUAUUUCAUUGCCGUAUCGCCUACUGGGAUUUUUAGCGGUAUUGAUAUUGGGUUUUCCAAUUGGGGUCUAGAGCUAGUCACAGUGUCAUUGUAUACGAUGACCAAGUCCACAUCGAUAGUAUUUAUUUUAUUUUUUGCAAUUUUACUUAAGCUCGAGAAAAAGUCGUGGAGUUUGUGUACUAUAGUCAUAAUGAUAUCAUUAGGAUUGUUCCUGUUCACAUAUCAAGCGACACAAUUUAGUAUUAUCGGUUUUAUAUUACUUAUACUUGCAUCGGCUUCAAGCGGCGUUCGAUGGACCUGUACACAGCUUCUUUUACAAAAAUCCAAGAUGGGUAUGAAAAAUCCUAUAGACAUGAUCUAUUACAUGCAACCGUGGAUGAUCGUAUCCGUUUUGCCGUUUGCAGUUGGAAUGGAAGGCAUCUCUUUAAUUACAAACUGCCAACUGUUCCGAAACGCCGAUUAUAUAGCCUCGCUCGAUUUGUGUUUCAAAAUCCUGCUCGGCGCUGUAAUAGCCUUCCUUAUGGAAUGUGCCGAAGUAAUGGUGAUCUCACACACAUCUAGUUUAACAUUAGCCAUUGCGGGCAUAUUCAAGGAAUUAUUACUGUUGACACUUGCGGUUGUCGUAAACGGCGAUCAUAUUUCAGCAAUAAACGCGAUCGGUUUACUCCUUUGCUUAUUAGGAAUCGUAGGUCAUGUGAUACACAAAGUACGGACAGUGCAACAUAUAAGUUCCUUACGACUGCAAGGAUUGGAAGAGGAUAAAUUUGAGGUGCCCUUGUUAUGUGGGAGAGGGUGCGUAUUUUACAAAAUUAGAAUGGCGUUAACAAGAAAUAAACCGAUAUCGGCAGGAUUAGUAGCAAUUAUUUGAUUCUAUGGAGAGAAAAGCCUUUUUAUCUGUAAACAUUCCGUCUUAUUAUUAUCACUUUAAUGGUGUUCCUAAAAGUCCAAGCUGUGUUUCCAUUCAAUAAAUGAGUGAUAUUUUCUUGUAGUUUUUUUAAAUGUGUAUCUAUUGUUACUGACUGUUACGUAUUUUUCAUUUUUUGACUGUUAUGUUAGAUGUUAUUUCCAUGUACGACAUGAAUUAGAAGUAAGAAAUAAUGAUACUAGAAUUUCAAAAUCAAGGUUUGAUCAUUUUUAUAUAGUAGAUACGUCAAUCACCCAUUGGCAAUUACUUUUAUUAAAACUAUAACAAUUCUACUAUCACUGUUUCAUACCAAUUAUUAUGCUCGUGUAUAGGCCUUCAUAGUACUAUGUAUAUAUGUACCUAGUGUUAAUGUACCCACUCUAUUUGGAGUGAUAAAAAUGUAUUUUUGUAGAGAUUAUUUAGUUACCAUUUAAUAUCUAUUUGUAAAAGUAUCCGCACAGAUUGUAAGAAUACAGUUCAUUCGUAUACCUAUUCUAGCACUUUAGAUGAUGAAAAAUAAAGACUGUUUUAAAGUU